AUGGAGUUCGACGACGAGAUGGGCUAUGCUGUAGCUGGACCCGGUUCAUCGCGGUCCAACAGCCGACCACCAAACCGGGCACGCAACCAACCUCCCCAGGAGGCUGUCAAGCAGUUCUGGGAGCAGUUCAAUACCAAGCAUCCAGGCAAGGUAUACACAGUGUUGCCGGAUAACCCGUACGCACGGACGCGGGCCAAGCGUGUGCCCAACGGUCCUAUUCACGGACACGAGGCCGCUAAGUCCUAUGAGCAGGCCCGGCGAGAAUGUAUGAAAUCAGUUGAUCGCAUCGUGAAAGAGUGCGAGCGUGUGAACCAGAAAUACACCGACCCGCAUUUUGAUAUCGAACUAGACUUGAAAUCGGGUCGCAGACACUAUCUCGAUGGGUUGGAUAAGCCGAACUCGGAGAUGAGACCUCGCGGCGUCAAGCGGGUUACGGAGAUCUUUGAGAAGCCACAGUUCUUCGUCAACGGACCGACAGCGUCGGACGUGCGACAGGGGUAUGAUGGCGAUUGCUGGCUUAUGGCUGCAUUGUGUACCAUGGGCAACAAGAUCGGCUUGAUAGAGAAGAUCUGUGUUUCCCGAUAUGAAGAAAUUGGAAUUUAUGGCUUUGUGUUCCACCGGGACGGCGAGUGGCAGCAGUGCAUCGUGGAUGAUAAGUUAUACCUCCGCGCUGCGGACUAUGAUGAAUCAGUAGACGAGCGACCACUCUGGGACGAUAUCAAUCGGACCGAUACGGAAGAAGAGUACCGACGAGUUUGGCAAACAGGCUCGCGGGCACUGUACUUCGCGCAGUGCGUUGAUGAUAACGAAACUUGGCUUCCUCUCCUAGAAAAGGCAUUUGCAAAGGCGCAUGGUGAUUAUUCCGCUAUUGAGGGCGGCUUUGUUGGUGAGGCUCUUGAAGAUCUCACUGGCGGCGUUACCUCGGAGGUUUUGUCCAGCAACAUUCUGAACAAGGAUCGCUUCUGGACCGAGGAGCUCAUGAAAGUUAACAAAGAGUUCCUCUUCGGCUGUGGUACUGGUUUGUUUUCCAAUUGGUUGGACCCUCAGUAUCGAGGACCCCCAAGAGAUCGCAAGGGUAUCUCGGAGCAGCAUUCCUACUCUAUCAUGGAAGCUCGAGAGGAAGAUGGACAUCGACUCCUGAGGCUCAGAAAUCCAUGGGGUCGCAAAGAAUGGCAUGGUGCUUGGGGCGAUGGAUCAAAGGAGUGGACACCCGAGUGGAUGGAGCGUCUUGGCCAUAAAUUCGGCAAUGAUGGCUUCUUUUGGAUCAACUACAAAGAUCUUCUUCGAAAAUACCAGCAUUUUGAUCGAACCCGCCUCUUUGGACCUGAAUGGAGUAUCGCGCAGCAAUGGACCACACUGAAUGUUCCAUGGUCUGCCGAUUACCACAGUACCAAGUUCAUGAUGGAUGUCACUACCAGCGGCCCGGUAGUUAUUGUUUUGUCACAGCUUGAUGCACGUUACUUCAAAGGUCUGGCGGGUGAAUACAGCUUCGUGCUGAAGUUCCGCCUGCAGAAAGAGGGCGAAGAAGAUUAUCUAGUGCGCAGCCACAGCAGUCACUUCAUGGGUCGAUCAGUAAAUGCCGAAAUCAACCUCGAGCCUGGUCACUACCAUGUCCUCAUGAAGAUCACCGCUUUCCGGCACGAGGACGUACAGUCCACCGAGGAGAUUGUCCGUCAAGUCGCAUCCACGAGAAGAGAAAAGCUCGUGCAGGUCGGGUUGUCGUACGACCUCGCACACGCCAAGGGCCAGGUCGGGGAGACAGAUCAAGAGAAACGUGAAUCCGAGAUCCUCAAAAGAGCAGAGCGGAAGAAACUGCGGGACGAGACCAAAAAGAGUAUGCAGAAAGAGUGGAUUCGGCGCCAGAAAUUGUCUGCCCGACAGGAGCGCAGGGCAGCCUGUCGCCAGAACGGUCCACCACGCGGCCCAAGCAGUGGCUCGUUUGACCAUGACUCCACCCGUGGUGGUGUGCCUGGGCAGAUUAUCGCGGAGAAGCCGGUCCAGGACUCUCCCGUUGACGAGGGGAGUGUAUCAAGCGACAACAGCGACCGUCGGAUGCCGAACACUCCUAGCUCUGUUCCAACCAUCCAGUUCAACAAUGGGGGUGGACUACACGCAAGACAUGCGAGCCAUGGCUGGAGACGUGGUGCCGAGUCUCCGCGCCCCAGCCUUGAUGCCCGUCUUUCCACUGAUGUGCUUGAUCCAAGCGACAUGGAAUUGUUGGAAGGGUUUGAGUUCGACAGCGAUGUUGAUAUGCCUCCGGAAGUAUCUGACAUUCAAAUUCAACCUCCUGGUGAUCAUGAGGAAGAGCUCUCGGUUGACCCGUGGAAUGCAGUUUGUGUGGUUGGACUACGGGUUUACUCCAAAGACCCAAGCUUGAGUCUCCAGGUUGUGCGCCCAGUGCUGGACGAAAGCCAAGAAGCUGCUCUUGAUAGGGAUGAUCCUGCAGCGUCGGCUACCGCUCAUCAAAGAGAUUCAUACUCGUGGAAGGAUUCGUGGAGUAGCCAGCUGCCAUUCUAA